AUGAAAUUCGCUCUCGCCUCUCUCCUCCCUCUCCUGGCCGCCGCCGCGCCCACCUCCAACAAUGCCUCUUCUGAUCUCCCCAACGGCGCCGAGCAACCCGCCGCCUUCACCGUCAUGGCCGCCCGCUCGGCAUCCCCAAUCCACUUCCUCCCCCUGACAGCCUCCGGCCAAUCCUUCUACCUUGGCGGAAACACCACAACCUACUGCCCCCUACCUGCAUCCCAAUGCCCUCCCGGCAACACGACCGUCCUCGCCGGCAACGGCGGCUCCCUUAGCGUCGUCGUCCCCGGCGGCCAGCAAAUCUACGUCGCGCCCAGCGGCGCCCUCAAGUUCACCCAGGCGCACUCGGCCUCCACCCCGCCUGGCUCCUCCUACGGCCCCUUCGAGUACGUCCCUGGCCCCGAGGGCUCGGUCUUCGGCCACUACAUGUACAGCGGCUGGGGCGCCAGCGGCUUCAUGGCCUGCCCCACUGAGAACAACCGCUGGCAGGUGUUUGCUGCCCUGGGCAACGCUACUGUCCCCACGGGCAAUGCCGAUGACUGCUUGGGUUUCUCGGCGAUUGCGGUGCCCAGUGAAGCUGUGGGGCAGACGUGGCAGUACAUUUAA